CCUGCGCGCUGCAGCCGGCGGACAUGGCCGCCUCCCGCUUACCUUCGGCAACGCUAACGCUGAAGCAGUUCCUGCGAAGGCAGCAAGUUCUCCUUCUCUACAGAAGGAUUUUACGAGCAAUCCGGCAAGUACCAGAUGAUUCUGAUCGCAGAUACCUGAAGGACUGGGCAAGGGGAGAAUUCAAAAGGAACAAAAGUGCCACCCAAGAGGAUACAAUCCGGAUGAUGAUCACUCAAGGCAAUAUGCAGCUCAAGGAAUUAGAAAAAACGCUUGCUUUAGCAAAAUCUUAAGUGUAGCACUAUUCUGAGGGGUUUUUAGACUCCAUGUGUUUUGCUGAAUUGCGGCUUAACAACAGACAGCUCAAAGCGAAGCUGAACUGUUUGUAUGUACAGUCCUUGGGCGAAAUAUGAGAAGAUGGAGCAUGGUAUGUCACAGAGUGGGCCCCUCUUCCCCCAGAAAAAGCCAUCAAAACAAUUGCCUUAGCACUGAAAAGCAAACCAUGAGCUUUAAAAAUGUUUCUGGAUGUAUUAGCAGUUUUCUUUAAGAAGCAAAAAGUACUGCAGCAAUUGGCCAGCUAGCACAGAGAGAAAUGGUCAACACAAUCUUCAAGAAAAUGCACAUCAAAACCACGGUGUGGGGGUGGGCAUCAUGGCACAGGCUGUAAAGAUUAAAUGCUUAUUCCGUAAUGCAGUGCCCAGUUCUAGUCCUGUCUCUGAUCCCGCUUCCUGCUAAUGUGCACCCUGGGAGGCAGCAGAUGACGGCUCAGACACUUGGGGCCCUGCCACCCACAUGGGAGACGCAGGUGGAGUUCCAGGCAACCGGCUUCCACCUGGCCCAGCCCUGGCUCGCAGGUCUGAAAACCAGUGGAUGGAUGCUCUGUCUCGCUGCCCUAUAAAUAAAUACGCACACACACGAUGAGCUAACGCUUCACUUCCACAACAGCUGUAAUUAGGAAGGGCAAUAGCAUUGGUGAAGAUGUGGAGAAAUUGGAACUCACUGCUGGUGAGAAUGUGAAAUGUCUGCAGCCACUUCGGAAAACACUUUUCCUCAAAAGAUUAAACAGGGGUUGCCAUACUUAGCAAUUCUACUCUAAGGUCUGCAACCAGAAGAGCUGAAAAGCAUCAGUAAAAAAAUUGAACAUGAAUGUUAAUUCACACAGCCAAAAAGUAGAAACGAUCAAAAUGCUGGCAAACUGCUAAAUGGGUAACUUGUGAUGUAUUCAUAGAAUGAAAUGUUGGGGCUGGUGCUGUGGCAUAGCGGGUUAAGCUGCUGCCUGCAGUGCCGGCAUCCCGUAUGGUGCUGGUUCUAGUCCCGGCUGCUCCACUUCUGAUCCAGCUCUCUGUUGUGGCCUGGGAAAGCAGUGGAGGAUGGCCCAAGUUGGGAGACCCAGAGGAAGCUCCUGGCUUUGGGUCACCACAGCUCUGGCCUUUGUGGCUAUCUGGGGAGUGAAUCAGUGGAUGGAAGACUUCCCUUUCUGCCUCUAACUCUGCCUUUCAAAUUAAUUAUUAAUUUUAAAAAAGAAUGAAUGUCAUUUGGGGUUAAAAAGGAACAAAGAGUGAUGACAUGCCACACAUGGAUGAACCUUGAUAACGUUGUUGAAGGAAGUCUGUCAGAAAUCACAUACAGGGCCGGCGCUGUGACGCAGUAGGUUAGUCCUUCACCUGCAGCGCCGGCAUCCAAUAUGGGUGCUGGUUCUAGUUCCAGCUGCUCCUAUUUCAGUCCAGCUCUCUGCUUGGAAAAGCAGAAGAUGGCCCAAGUGCUUGGGCCCCAUGUGGGAGACCUGGAAGAAGCUCCUGGCUUCAGAGCGGCUCAGCUCUUGCCGUUGAGGCCAUUUGGGGAAUGAACCAGUGAAUAGAAGACCUUUCUCUCUCUGCCUGUAACUUUACCUUUAAAAUAAGUAAAAUCUUUUUUUAAAAAAAAUCACAUAAGGCACCAGCAUUGUGGCACAAGUAAUGCUGCUGCUUGCAAUGUGGGCAUCCCAUAUGGGUACUGGUUUGUGUCCCGGUUGCUCCACUUCUGAUCCGGCUCCCUGCUAAUGGCCCUAGAAAAGUGUCUGGGCCCCUGCUUCCCAUGAGGGAGACCUGGAUGAAGCUCCCGGCUUUAGCCUGGCACAGCACUGGCUCUUGGGGCCAUCUGGGGAGUGAACCAGCAGGUGGACAAGUUCUGUAACACUGACUCAGAAGGAUGGGAGCAUGGGUGGUAGCGGGUGGGGUGGGAAGUGUCAUGUUCCUGAACCUAUACAUGAAAUACAUGACAUUUUUAUACCUUAAGUAAAAAUUUUU